AUGGCACGGACAGUCUUCAGAACCCCCAAGGCGCCUUUGCAGAAGCAUUUCGAUAUGUGCAGCGCCGUCAAGCCCAACUAUUUUGACUGGGCUCCUUCAACUUCAUUCUUUCGCGCAAGUAAUUCCGCGACCAACUCAAGAUCAUGGACAAAUUCAUCCAGCCCUACAUCACCCACGCCCUCUCCCUCUCCACCGCCGAACUCGACCAGAAACUCUCCACAGAAGGGACCUUCCUCCUCCCUCGCCCGCUUCACCCGCGACUCUCGCGUUCUGCGCGACCAGCUCGUCGCCGUCCUCCUCGCCGGCUGCGACACAACCGCAGGCACCCUAUCAUUCACCCUCUUCGAACUAGGCGGCAACCCGCACAUCGUCCACAGACUGCGCGAGGAAAUCGGUUCCCGACUGGGUCUGGGCACCAACGCACGGAAUCCUCCUAUACAGAUCUGA